AUGGAUGCAUCCCAACCUCAAGAUGAGGUCGAGCUCUGUUUCAAACGCCGAAGAACCGACUCCGGCCAUGGAGGCCACCUCCAAGCCUCCAGAGCUUCGAGUACCCGUCUGGAAAGACAGGAUACCAUGAGCAGCUCGGGCAAGCGCGCAUGUUCACCCAUUCUACUAUCCGAUGACCACGAGCCGGAAGUUCUCGUUACGGAAGAAGGCAAGGUGAGGUCGACUGAGCCUCGUAUCAUAAUCCAUCUUGGGGGCGAGAGGCAGCAGGUCCCCCAGUCCAAAUUUCUCGCGCACAUCUGGAAAGAUGGCCUGAACUCCCCGUGCAUGGUCUGCCAGCGCGGCUUCAACAAGGAAGACAAUGAUCCCCCCAUCAGGACUUUUACCUUGGAGGAGUCCGAAGACCUCGUCGGAGACACAGCCGAUGUCACGCGGAUCCCGCUCGCUCCUCACCCAAUCCGGGUAAUGAAUCGACACAUGAACUGUAUCAAGGCAAGGAGGCUCACCUACAUCCCCGUAUCCCACGUGUGGCAUCAGCCCGUCUCUUCAGCGCAGAUGGGGAAAGCCACUGGUGCAAGAGCAACUCAAUUGGCGUACCAGGUGCCCAUACAAACACUCAUGGCCUUGACCAAGAAGUUCGGGCCCACUGAAGUUUGGCAUGAUUAUAUAAGUGUUCCACAAUGGCAAUAUGAAAUACAGCGACAGCUCUUACUGCAGAUUCCGACAAUCUUUGCGUUCCCUGCGCUCAUGAUCAUGCACCUCGAUGACAGUAACUCUUUUCACCUGAGACAGCUUGAGGAUCCUGACAGCUAUACAACCUUCGUUGAAGCUAUAUCGCAUGUUACUCAGUCUCGUUGGUUUGACCGGAUGUGGGUUGCUCUCGAGUACAUCCAAAGCCAGGAAGUUAGCAUUCUCUCCAAGUACUUUGAUAUAUCCGAUACCUCCGCUGCGGAUCUCUCAGCGCUGGCUGCCUCGAAUCUUGGAAAGUAUGCCAAAAGACUCGGCCAGGACCGAUUCAACCAGAUUGCCAAGUCCAAGGGUUUCCAGUGGCAAAAGCGAGUGUCUUGGGAUGACAUGGAAGUGUGGAAACGCAUAGACCCCAAGUAUCGAUCACUUGGGGCGGCUAUCUUCAUUAUUGGUCAAAAGCAGUGUCGGGAUCCCCAUGACUACUUUUUCGCCCUGCGUGGGCUGCUCGACCUCGGGCAGAACCAGACGGAGAUCAAGACCAUCCUGUCAGACGACAUUUUCCAGUCUUUCUUGGACCUGACCUGGGACGCGCUUACUGUUGGUGACUACUCACCACUUCUUUUCAUCCCUCCCGACGGUGAACAAGCGGAUCAACGUGUGCCAUGGCUCCGGGGCCAUUCAUCAAUGUCCGAAAGGCUUUGGGACCUCGGCACUUGCCAUCAGUUAGCCAGGAGCCGUAUCAUCAUUCAACAGGACAGCAUUCGGCCGAUGUUGGAGACGAUUGGCAUUGUAGUUGAUUUCGAAUACUAUGAUUUCGGGGGAAGCUCCGAGUCGGUCUUCCAGCGCGUGGCUUCCAGGAUGCUACAGAUGUAUGGGCCGUCAGCACAGCUAUUCUGUGAUGGCAUUGAUCGUGUCUUCCCCCAUAUGGCGCGCAAAGGCUUACCCAUUCCUCAAGGGGAGAUCUCAGAUGCAGAAGUCGGAUCUCCUGUGUCAUAUGAUCUCGAUCGGAUAGGCGAAAUGCUUGAGCGUUACAGUUUCUCGUCCAAGGGUGAAAGCCAUGGGGAACUUGCGAUAUUGUCGAAGAGACUGAUCGCCUUGUUAGGACUUGCACUUCCCGACAAGACCUCCCAUACAUCUAGAUUGCAAUCAGCAAGGGACGAUGCCGAGUUCUUUGGCAAGAAGAAAGAAGGGCUCGCAUCCGUUAGAUGUACGACCUGUGCCGGGUUGUUCUUGUAUCGGGUCACAGCCUGGGAAGAGCUGGUGCCCCAAGAAGCGCGGCUCUAUCGCAUACCAGGUCUUUUAUAUGAUGAUACUCUGCCCGAUGGAGUGGGAAUUGCAGUCGCCAACGGCAAAAUUGUUGGUCGAAUGGCAUAUGCUACACCUGCUUGUGAAUGCCACCCAGAAGAGGCAGUCGAGCUUGGACACCGCCCAUGA